AUUCUUGCAUUUUCAACUUCCUAUAUAAAGAAAUCUCGUCAGAAUUUGUGCUCAGAAUUCAUUAUUUAAAAACACAAGAGAAAACUACCUGAAAGCUAGACCAUGUCGUUGGGUCUUUUUUGAGUUUCAUAAACUGGAUUAUAUUAGUCAAUCGAAUAUGGCGAACAGUAUAUUUUCAUCUUCGGAGUUAAAUUUCCAUGGCAUGUAUGACAAAUGGACCGAUCAAUGUGUUACAAUCAUACAACCGAAGCCACACGAAGAAACGUGGGAGCCAGCUGUUCAUAAGUAUUAUAUGGCAACAAAGCAAAAACAAAACUUGCAAUGAUCUGUUGUUGGAUUUUGCUGAGUUUGUACAUUGAAUAACAAACAAGUCUAUUCAAGUGUUGUGUUCAACAUAAAAACUAUGGGAAACUAUUUAUCAAGUUUACCUUACAUAAAAAGUGGGUAUUUACCCGAAAAUAAUAAUGCAAUAAAUGAAAAUAUUGCAGAAAAAAUGGACCAGCCCAGACUGGCACCAAAAAUAUUUCAUUAUUUUACUUCUGUGGACGUUCCUAGUGUUUUAGCUUCGAAAAGAUUGCAAAAUCAAUAUAAAAAGGACAGUUCUACCAUGUUGAACUUAUGGCAAAGACUUGACAGUUUAUUUCAAUACCGAUAUGCAACUCCGGAAAUAAACAUCACAGAGGAAAACAGCCAGAGUAAUUCGUUCGAGGAAAACAGUUUUUCAGAGAAAACCAGCCUGACAAAUUUUGAUAAACAAACUUGCCGACCGUUGUGCGAAAGAGACUUGGAAGUUCAGGAGUCCGGCGACUUGGUUAGUUUACGAAUAAAAACCAAAUUGCAAUCUCCGGUAGAUUGUUUCAAGCGGUCUCAAGAGCGAACUCUGGGCUUUGAUAAACUUAUUUUUCAAAGACUGGACAGUGGUAUUGAGGAUACACCAUUCGCGUUCAGCGCACGCACACAAAUCGACGUGGACGCUUUGUAUUUCAGAACAAGAGUAACCAUGGCUGACAACCAGGAAUGUUGUUCUAUCGACAGCACCUUGAAAAGUGAAAUGGUUUAUAAUAAGUCCAUAUGCUUCUUCAUUGACAUAAGUGAUCCUUUGAGGCAAAUGCCUCUUUGCGAGGAUUACAGAUUCUCGACAUUCGGGGAAUGCGAUUCGAUGUUCAGUUAUGAUUCAAUGUUUAGCGACAAAUCCUCUGGGAAUUCCAACGAUAACUGCGCAGAUGACGAUUUUAUUGUCUUUGAAGAAGAUACUUUGGACGAUGAUGCAGCUUAUGACUUCAAUUUAAUUCUAAAAAACCCUUGUACUCCAACAAAGCUAUCAUGCUGCGUUGGCGCGAAUUCUACGACUUGUCUGGAUAUAUGCCUGAAUACUUCACCAAUUACACCACACUCUAUGUGCCCCAGAAAACUAAUCACAGAAUCUUCUAUGUCUGUAAAAAUAGACAUUUCGCCCAAUACUAACAGUAAAAGCCAUGAAUCUGAUGCAUUGAAUCAUGAAUCUUAUAAGGCCGAGGGUUGCUUAGACUCGAAUUGUUGUUCAACUAGCCAAGUCACAUCUGAUAAGCCCUAUCCUGAAAAGACCUAUCCUAUAGAAUUACAAACAACAAACUGUUUCGAUGCUUUUGUCACGACUGAGAAAUCUGCAAAAUUAAAGGUGAAUGUUUCGUCCAAUACUGAUUGUUGUGUCGUCACCGGGAAAACAACGGGAAAGAAAAAAUCCAGAAAAAAAGUUUGCUUUGAAAGAGACGAUGAUCUUGUUGUUGUCUACGAGAUGAGACAUUGGGACUUCGCUUACCGUGAGGCUCGAAAGGGACACUGGGAAUUAGCAGCUGCUGAUAGAUGUCGAUUUCGACGACGUAUUCAAGAAUUGGAAUUAAUCCUUACUCCAUGUUUAAAGCGAAAACUAGGCCUAAUAGAAAAAACGUAAUUUGAAAAAACAUUAGUUUCUUUAACAAUUGAAAAACGUAUUGACUAUUGUUUAAUUUAUACAAGUGUUAGUGUCCGAUGUAUAACACUAGGGGUUAGUGACCCGUAUUUAAGAUUGAAACGAUAAUUGAUACAAUAUAGUAAUAGACAUAUGCAUUCUAGAUUCCAUUCAUUAGUAUUUUUAAUUACUAUUGACAAAAAUAUUUUGUAUAAGGUAAUGCAAGCUCGAGUGAACAGCAACGAUUUCGUCCACUCGUUGUGAACUAUAUAAGAUAUAGUUUUAGUUAAUAAUAUGAUAUUUAAAUCUAAUGGUUUGAAGCAUUAAUUAAAACAGUAUCAAUUGUU